GAUGGCGAGUCUGGCGUCCUCACUUUACCUGAUGGACGACACCUUGGCUGUGUAACUUAUGGCGCAGAAAAAGGUCACCCCAUCUUCUACCUUCAUGGCUAUCCCGGCUCACGUCUCGGCGCUAGUGUCUGGCACGACACUGCUCGCAGCAUGGGCGUGAGCAUCUUCUCCAUGGACCGACCUGGCAUAGGCCUCAGUGAUCCGCAACCGAACCGGAGCUUCCUCUCUCACGCCCACGACAUCAAGGUGCUAGCGAAGUACCUAGGCUACGAAAAGUACCAUGUCAUCGGGACGUCGGGAGGCGGACCCUAUGCUCUCGCGUGCGCCCACUCUCAUUCCCCGUCGCAUCUACUUAGCACCACCAUAAUCUCCGGGGUCGGUCAGGCCGGUGUAGGCACGCACGCAAUGUCACGCGGCAGUCGCCUAGGCUUCUGGGCUCUUGAGAAUGCCCCUUGGGCCAUCCGCGUCAUGGGCGAACUGUGGAAGUGGCUCGUCGAGAAUCCUCGACUAACCGACGAUCGCAUCUUGAACUUCAUGCGGCAUCGUCAGAAACAACUCGUCGUACCGCAGGCCGACCGAGACGUCUUCGCAGACGAAGCCAUGAUGCGCAUGCUGCUCGCAUCCUGGCGGCAGCACUUCCGGCAAGGCACCGAUGCGUUUUUGCAGGACGGCAGACUGUACACGCAACCCAUGGGUUUUGACGUGGCACAGAUUCGCGGUCCGGUCAGACUUUGGUAUGGCAAGCUAGAUGUAAAUGUACCUGCGGUCAUUGGCGAGGAUUACGAGCGGAUUCUGAAGUCCGCCGGUGGCGAUGUGAAAUUGCAUUUGGAGCACGAAACGCAUCUCAGCCUAGGAAUGAAUUGCCGAAGGCGAGUCCUCGAAGACUUGCUAUUA